AACCACAACCCACUAUCCCACGGCACCACAACCCACUAUCACACGGCAGUGAGAGGAGGACAUGGAAGUAUUGCUGCUACUUAGCUCAUCGGGACGGGAUGAGAAGGGGAGAUGAGAUCCGUUCCAUUUAGCUUUCACGGAGAGAAAAGUUGACUGCCACUUUACUAAAGUCAAGACCACAGCUCACAGCUCGGCCAAGACAACCAGGCUGACAUUCCCAGGAAGAGAGAGCUGCAGCACAGAGUUCUGGAGAAUGGAUCGAUAUACCGCAACUUUCAAACGUUAAACUUUGUGUUUUUUAUUUUAUACAUGCAUAAUAUUUAUUUUCAUGCAGAGUGCUGAGAAGUGUUCACCACCGAGCCAAACUAAGCGGAACGAGUUAUUUGAAGUGUGGUGAAAGAACACUGUCAGAAUGCCCCGACCAGGGAGGAACACGUACAGCGACCAGAAACCUCCCUAUUCCUACAUCUCCCUCACCGCCAUGGCCAUCCAGUCCUGCCCGGAGAAGAUGCUCCCUCUCAGCGAGAUCUACAAGUUCAUCAUGGACAGGUUCCCUUACUACAGAGAGAACACCCAGCGAUGGCAGAACUCCUUACGGCACAACCUGUCCUUCAACGACUGUUUCAUCAAGAUCCCGCGGCGUCCGGACCAGCCCGGGAAGGGUAGCUUCUGGGCUCUGCACCCCAGCUGCGGGGACAUGUUCGAGAACGGGAGUUUCUUGCGGCGCCGAAAACGGUUCAAGGUGAUGAUGAUCAUGGCGGCGCAGGAGCACCUGGCUCAGCCCAAGCUGUCUGACGCGGCCCAUUACCUCCAACAGCAGGCUAAGCUCAGGCUUAGCGCCCUGGCUGCCAUCGGCACACACCUCCCUCGGAUCUCCAGCUAUAACUUGGGAGUGUCGCAGCCAUCAACUUUUAAACACCCAUUUGCUAUAGAGAACAUCAUCGCCAGAGAGUUUAAGGUGCCUGGGAGUCAGUCCAUGUCUGCAGGCUACCGGAUGCACAACCAGCUGACUGCGGCCUGGCCUCACAUGUACAACACUAUGGUGGACUCUGUUUCUCCUAUCUCUAUGCGCGGUGACUAUGGGGCCUUCAGCAUGCCCCUUAAAUCAGGGUGUCACGGAGGACAGACCCUACCGGCCAUCCCAGUGCCCAUCAAACCCACCCCUACCCCGGUGUCUCUCCGGGGGGGGCUGACGCCCCACAUCCCCGCCUUCCUCUCCAACUCUUACCAGUCUCUGAGCCCCACUUCCCCGCAGGCAGCCACCAGCAGAUGCAGCCCCUCCACUCCCGGGCAGACUCACACCAACCCCACAGUGCAGUCCGUGGUGGUGCAUUGACCAACAGAGCUAUACUGAACCCUUUAUGAAUGAGACCAGCAGGCUCAGACCAAAUCCUCAGUUUAUUUUGACUCUUGCUGCUGACAUCUUGCGCCGAGAAUCACUACGAUCAAGACAAUAUAGUCCCGUGUAGCAGUGUAGAGCCUACGUACAUUGUGUAUUUGCUUUGAAUGCGCAUUGUCUUAUAACAUGGGUCCAACAGAGUUAUAGUGAAAUAUUGCUCUUCAGCUUAUAAAGUAUCUGUGUUUACAGUUUUGUCCGAGUUGUAAAGGAGUGAGGCACUGCAAACAGAGGCUCAGUCAGAAGAAUGAGAGAGAGAGUUACUUUUCUUUGAAAACAUUAUUCCAUUUGUAUCUGGGCUUCCAAUACUUUAAUUGCACCUGACAAACUAUGGUUACAUUAGGUAGGUCAUAUCAGACUUUUUUUACUACAUUAUUGCAGUUAUUAUCAAGGAUCUCGAAGUUAGUUAUAGUGAUUAUAACUGAACAAUGCAAAGCCCCCCUGAACUACAACCUGACUCGUUAGACAAUGACAUAUCUGAUGACAACAAACACUUGAUUAGAAUGUCAAUGUGUGUCAAGCAGACGAACCUCUGAAUUGAUCUAUUGUUUGUAACAGAUUGUUAUUUUUGAUAGUGGAUUGGUGGUUUCUGUGGGAAUAACAUAUGUAUUGGAUUUGUUUUAAUCAUCUCUGUAAAAACAAACGGACAGAAUUAUUACACUUUUUUCAAUCUUAAAAAAUAGUAAUGUUAAGGGAACUAUAGGGUUAUAGGGUCCUUGCUAAAUGCAAAAUAAAUAUGAGAAUAAAUGUGAAUAAUUGCGAAUAAGUUGAAAUGACAAUGUUGUAAAAUGCACUUUUAAGCUGUUCUGUGAAGCGUUUAAUUGAACGCCCUGGUGACUAGUGGAUGAAACGCUGUAAAUGUAUUUUUUUCUCUGUUAAAGGGACAGCAUGCUCAACCCUAAACUGUGUGUUUUUCUGACAGCAUGCUCAACCCUAAACUGUGUGUUUUUCUGACAGCAUGCUCAACCCUAAACUGUGUGUUUUUCUGACAGCAUGCUCAACCCUAAACUGUGUGUUUUUCUGACAGCAUGCUCAACCCUAAACUGUGUGUUUUUCUGACAGCAUGCUCAACCCUAAACUGUGUGUUUUUCUGACAGCAUGCUCAACCCUAAACUGUGUGUUUUUCUGACAGCAUGCUCAACCCCUAAACUGUGUGUUUUUCUGACAGCAUGCUCAACCCUAAACUGUGUGUUUUUCUGACAGCAUGCUCAACCCUAAACUGUGUGUUUUUCUGACAGCAUGCUCAACCCUAAACUGUGUGUUUUUCUGACAGCAUGCUCAACCCUAAACUGUGUGUUUUUCUGACAGCAUGCUCAACCCUAAACUGUGUGUUUUUCUGACAGCAUGCUCAACCCUAAACUGUGUGUUUUGACAG